CGGGGAUUUUCAGCACUCGUUCCACUUUUAACAAAGUGUUACGCGAAUAGGACAUGAAGUUAUUCAUUGAACCGAAGCAGCUGAUGAUUGCGCGAACAAUGUUGGUCCAAUCAAAAGUUUGGAGAAGAAAUGUCUAUAACCAAUGAUGGCUGCGAUUAAAUGUAACAGGAAAGCGUGCCUCUUGCUGUCGUUCACAAUGCGAACCGCACCAUGCGCUUUGUGACUAAAAAUGGCAACCAACAAAUCUACAAACGUUCGUAUCAGACCAGUCGCAUCGCAGCUGAACCGACUGCAUUGGGAGGCAUGCAUGGAUGUGCCGAGGUGGUAUGUUUUCCUCGGAUCCUCAUUUGCCUGCUUCUUUGGCGGAAUCGCCGUUAUCCUUAUCUACCGCGCUGUGCUUCAGCUGGUGAACCACCUCAAGGUCAAAUGUUCACGUUGCCUUAAGUCAAAUAAGAAGACAUACCAUUCGACGGAAGAUGGUACACAAACCCCCUCCGAGGAUUAUAUCUCACGACAAUCAAAAACAACAUCUUUUUCCCUCACUGCAGCUGACACGGAUGGAAAAGGUGAUGCGUCCAACACCGCCUCCGUUGUAGUUACCAAUACAAUAUCUUUCCACCAACGCUUGUCCAACAGUAUACGAGCCAGUUCCGACUGUGUGCAUAUGUGUGCUCUGCGGUUGGUCAGUUACCAGUGGAUAAGUGGACGAUGUUUCAUUGGACUCUCCAUGGUUCUGAGCUUGUGCUCAUUCGGAAUCUACGUAUUCGAGGCAUCGAUGUGGCCAGGUGAAGUGGAAAAAUGUGGCCACAAAGGGAGACGAUUUCGAUUUUUAGACUUCCUAAUGAACGUGUUCUUUGCCCUGCAUUUUGUCGCUCGUCUUCUUGCUGCACGUGAUGCACUUGUGUUCUGGAUCGAAUGGUUUUCCAUUCUAGACUACCUUACUAUCCCUCCAACAUUGCUUGGCUUCUGGAUCAGACGCACAUGGCUGGGUUUUCGCUUUGUACGUGCCUUCCGUUUGAUGAAUUUGGCUGAAGUGUUGCACAAUUUUAACAUGAUCAAUUCGGCCUCCAGUUUGCGAUUGUGUCACUUUUGCACUUUGUUCUUAUCCAUCUGGUUGUCCGGAGCAGGAAUGUACCUGCUGCUGGAGAACACCGGUGACGUCCUGAAUGGCAAGCCCUACAACGUCAGUCAACCGAUAACUUACGUAAACUCACUGUACUUUACCAUUGUGACUAUGUCAACAGUGGGCUACGGUGACUUUACCCCACAAACACCUCUUGGAAGAGCAUAUGUGAUAUUCUUCAUACUCGUCGCUUUGGCCACAUUCGCCAGUGCUAUCCCGGUAAUCGCAGAAACAUUUUUCAGUGUUCGCAAUUACUCUGGUUCCUACGUGAAGCCUGAGGGACGGUCUCACAUUGUAGUAUGUGGGGACAUUACCACAGAUUCGGUGAAAACCUUUUUGUCUGAUUUUUUACACGAGGAUCGUGAGAGGUCUGAUGUUGAAGUGGUUUUUAUCAAUCCGUGUCUGCCAGAUCUGCAACUGCAAAGUAUACUUCGGCUACAUUUCUCGCGAGUGAAAUAUUUUCAAGGAACUGUCAUGGACUACGUGGAUCUACAACGAGUCCGCAUGGAUGAAGCUGAUGCAUGUCUCAUUCUGGCCUCCUCCACCGCGUCGGAUGCAGAUCAAAAGGACGCAGCGAACAUUAUGCGCGUGAUAGCCGUGAAGAACUAUGCGUCACAUGUCCGAGUAAUCGUACAACUACUUCAAAUUCAAAAUAAAGCCCAUUUAUUCAAUAGCCCGUACUGGAACUGGGAUGGGGGAGAUGAAAUUAUUUGUUUCAGUGAGCUGAAACUUGGUUUCCUUGCACAAAGCUGUAUUGCACCGGGUUUUUCAACUUUGCUUACGAAUUUAUUCUCAAUGCAAUCGGAACGUGGACUAAAAGCUGCUUCCGAAGUUUACAAAGCGCUGCAAAUGCGCAAAGAAUUCGCCAAAAUGGAAUUAGCAGACGAUGAGUUUGACAAGCGAUCUUCAGCCGGUAGAUCACUGCACGGCGCCGGUGAAAUCAGGCGGUCGUACAGCCAGCACGAUGCUUUUGAUGCAAAGCAACGGGGUCUCCUAUCUAAAUGCCCAAACUUCAUAAGGAAUAUAUUUCGCAGCGAACGACUACGAAAAUUUCCAAUGGAACAUACCAACAACCCGGAACCACCGCUAAUUUUAGUGACGCCCGAUGCAAUUUCAGAAUCCCCCACAAAAAAUCCGACUCCCUGGAGCAAGAAGCAACUUCCAGCGCCUACACUAGAUCAAAGCUGGGUUGCCAAUUACCUGCACGGGUUAAGUAUGGAAAUUUAUUCUGCACGACUAUCGUGUUCCUUUGAAGGACUAACAUUCGCUGAAGCCGCUGUAAUUUGUCGUCAGAAGCUCGAUUUGCUCCUUAUUGCAGUAGUUGCAAAAGCGCCCACCCCUCCCAAAAGCUACACGCGAGAACGCAUAAGAACGGCAACCUUGGGGUUUGAUGACUAUGAAGAAGAAAUCGAGGAAUUGGUUGGCAAAGAUGAAACGAACCGUUUUUACUUGGCUAUCAGUCCGGUUGCCGAAGCUGGCGUACGCAUCUUGAACAACACACUGGCGUUUUUCAUCUGCGAUUCCCAAGUUAAUGCCAACCGAGCCAGCGUGUUUUGUUCGCGGUGUCAUGAAGGUAAACGGUUUUUGAAGCCUUCAGAUAUUAAGUCAUGUGACUGCAACUUUGCUCGGUCUGGACAACGUGGCCGUCUGGCCAGAGGAAACCUACAAAAGUUGUUUAGUCGAACCAGCAGAGAGAUACCCACUGUUCCCACCGAAAUGCAAACAAUCCCGGAGCAGACAGCCGGAGAGCCAUCGGAUGAAAAGCCGGUCAACGAACCCGUUAGUUCUGAUCAGAUGCCAUGCACUAAGACAACAAAGGAGUGUGAGCGACCCUAUCGGCUGCGACGUUUGGAUGAUAAGUAUUCAAAACCGGAACUAACGCUAAGCGGUAGCAGACUGGAUAUAACAGGUAUGCAUCACUGUUGUCAAACAAGAUCAUUCGAGGAAAGCCGUCUUGGUCAUUCAGUUUGCGAACCACGAACAAAGAAACUAGUCAACCACAUUCUGCUCUGUCUCUUGGUAGAUGAGGACAAUCCGCUCAUCGGUCUGCAUUCAUUUGUAAUGCCAUUACGAGCGAGUCACUUUCACUCUGACCAACUCAAACCGAUUGUCUUACUUGGGCACGAGGAAUACUUACGCCGUGAGUGGCCUAGUUUGAAAAAUUUUCCCGGAGUCUACUGUCUUCCUGGCAGCCCACUAUCACGUGCUGACUUGAGAGCAGCUCGGAUCCGCUAUUGUUCCGUGUGCGUGAUCUUGGGGACCACUAGUAAAACGAACACAGAUGACCCCUACAUGUUGGAUAAGGAGGCCAUUCUCUGUUCUCUCAAUAUACGUGGCAUGCAUUUUCCACCCAUCACAUCGCCCUCUAAACGUGCUAAAACUGUGGAUCGUCGAUCUGGCUCCGAGAUUCCCAUCAUUACUGAGCUUCUGAACGACGGAAACAUACACUACUUGGAUCCGCAUGAUAUUGAGUCAGAAUCUGCACACGUCCCACCACCGCUUACUGCUCCGUUUGCUCGGGGAAUCGCGUUCACCAGUUCAGUGUUAGACGUACUCGCAAGUACUACGUACUUUGACAGAAAUGCAAUGAGUUUAAUCCGCCACUUGAUUACCGGUGGUGUAAGCCCAGCUUUAGAACAAUGGCUGUCAGAGGGGGAUGAGACAGGUGUUUACCGAAAAGGCGACGAGGAUGCCGAAUCGGACAAUGAGACUGGAGGAACUAGAUCAAGGGAAAUCACCACACCAAGACUGACACUCCAGAGGGAACUGGGUUUGCUAGGCACACGACAAAGGCCAAGAGUAGCCCAGUUAUCCGUACUCGAUUCAAGGUUUAGGCCGCCGUUCCCAAAGGAUACCAGCGCAUUCUCAACUUUUGGAGAACUUUACUGCUAUGCUAUACAAGAAAAGGGAAUAUUGUGUCUUGGACUUUACCGCAGUAACUAUGUGACUGAGUUUGACCUUGAUCUCAGGUAUGUUGUGCAACUGAGUGCGAUCAGUGAAACUAAACUGGAAGCCACGCCUCUAACCCAAUCCAAAAGUGAAAAAGUUAAGGUGAAUAAGGAGAGACGUUUGAGCACCACAGCCCAACCAGUGGACCAAUAUAUUCGCAAAUAUUCGCUUCAGCUUCAGCGAGAACAAAGUUUGGUCUGCGCACGUGAUUCCGAGACCAGAACGUCCGGUUUUCUAGACAGACAUUUGGCAGAACAAAGUCCCAUGGGAGUAGUGAAUCGAUACGUGAUCACGAAUCCUCCAAACAAGUUUCGUAUGUAUCGUUCUGACCUCGUGUUCUGCUUGUGCCCAUUUGAAUCCAAUCGAAGUCACACAUGAUGAAUUGCUUUUAAUACGCUGAGGAACUGAGCCUAUUUUCAUACUUCAGUGCAUUAUACCUUACCUGAUCUAGUCAGCUUAGUGCCCAAUCAUGACUGUUGUAGAGCAUUGAGUCCACGGUUCACAGCUAUGAAUUGAGCGCCGUUUUUUGCUAAAUAAUUAUAUUGACAAAUGUGGUUGAUCUAAUUUCUUAUCACAUCCUCUCUUAUCUACGAACUUUGAAUGUCAGUGGACUUUUACCCAGGCAGUCAGUUUUCGAAUUAGCAUCUUUUGAAAUGGACAUAAGAAAAGUAGUUCCGUU